GACAACUUAUCAGCACAUUAGCGCCGGGCCAAUGAACUCCUUUUCCAUUUGCCUUACGCACUUUCAUGCCAGGAUGAGCAGCGGAAGUGUUAUCCGAAACGGGUUUAUCCAUUGGUUAUUCUAGAACAUAAACAAACCCGCUUCAAUCAGUUCAGAUCGCAAAACAAAGCAAAGCAAAACAAAUGGAAAGAAAGUCGAGAUAUCUCGAAUUGAGCACAGCCUCAGCUUCAGACAGUCGUCGAAAUCAAAAACCAAAAGCAAAACAAGCCACAAAUCUUUGCCUCGCACGCACUCUGGCCAGGAACAAAGAGGCUCGCUCGUUCCAAGAACCGGACCAGAACGCCAACGCCAACGCCAAAGCCAAUGCCAAUGCCGCAAUCCAGAAGCAACCUAUAAAAGCAACGCUCGAGCCGACUUUGACUGUCAUUUGACGCCAAACAAGCGCCGCAUCAACUCAUCGUCGUCUGCGUAUAUCCCCGUUCCAGUUCGUAAAAUCGUAUAAUCGAGUAUCGAGUAUUAUUGCCGAGUUUUUAGCAUUAAGAAAUGGUGCAACAUCAUCUCAUGUUGCUGCUGCUGCUGCUGCUGGGCGUGCCCGCCCUGAUCCUGGCCAACGAGCAGCCGGCGCGCAUUGUCUGCUACUUCAGCAACUGGGCCGUUUAUCGUCCAGGCAUUGGACGUUAUGGCCUGGAGGAUGUGCCCGCUGAUCUGUGCACGCAUCUGGUCUACUCUUUUAUUGGCGUGAAUGAUGAGAGCUGGGAUGUGUUGGUCAUAGAUCCCGAGCUGGAUGUGGAUCAGGAGGGCUUCCGCAAGUUUACGCAGCUGCGACAGACGCAUCCCAAGCUCAAGCUGCAGAUUGCUGUGGGUGGCUGGGCGGAAGGCGGUUCCAAGUACUCGCGGAUGUCGGCGGUGCGCGAGAAACGUCAGAGCUUCAUACGCAGCGUGGUGCAGUUCAUGAAGGAAUACGACUUCGAUGGCUUCGAUCUGGACUGGGAAUAUCCGGGCGCCACGGAUCGCGGCGGCAGCUAUGGCGACAAGGACAAGUUCUUGUACUUCGUGCAGGAGCUGCGACGCGCCUUCGACCGUGAGGGCCGUGGCUGGGAGAUAACAAUGGCGGUGCCAGUGGCCAAGUUCCGCCUGCAAGAGGGCUACCAUGUGCCCGAGCUGUGCGAGCUGCUGGAUGCCAUACACGCCAUGACCUACGACCUGCGCGGCAAUUGGGCUGGCUUUGCGGACGUGCAUAGUCCGCUGUACAAGCGCAAGCACGAUCAAUAUGCCUACGAGCGGCUCAAUGUGAAUGAUGGGCUGGCUUUGUGGGAGGAGAUGGGCUGCCCGGCUAACAAGCUGGUGGUGGGUGUGCCCUUCUAUGGUCGCACCUUCACGCUGAGCAACUCGAACAAGAACUACAACAUGGGCACCUACAUCAACAAGGAGGCGGGCGGCGGGGCACCAGGGCCCUAUACGAAUGCGAGUGGUUUUCUGGCCUACUACGAGAUCUGCACAGAGGUCAUGGACAAGUCGAAGGGCUGGACCGUGGAGUGGGAUGAUGCGGGCAUGGUGCCCUACACCUACAAGGACACGCAGUGGGUGGGCUACGAGAACGAGGCGUCGGUCCAGAUCAAAAUGGACUUCAUCAAGGCCAAGGGCUAUGCGGGCGCGAUGACUUGGGCCAUUGACAUGGACGACUUCCACGGGCUGUGCGGUCCCAAGAAUGGCCUAAUGCAAAUACUCUACAACAAUAUGAGGCACUACAAGGUGCCGGAGCCGACGCGCGAGACAACGCCGCGGCCUGAAUGGGCCAAGCCACCCGCCACGCCGCCCAAUCCCGACGAGGCGCAGCUGCAGCCGAUGGCCACGACGACGCGUAAACCGAAACCGAAGCCAAAACCAACGUCAACGCCAGUCAGCCCAACGUCAGCGCCGUUGCCAGCUGUGAGCAGCACCACCAAGAAAUCCACCACAAAGAAACCCAAGAAGCCCAAGAAGACGACCACAACGACGACUACGACCACAACCGUUGCACCCAGCGCCACAGAAGAGCCAGAGGAGAUUCUCGAUCCAGAAGUCGAACAGAACGGCGUUGCCUUCGAUGCCAGCGAGAUUGACUGCACCAAUCGGGACUUUGUGCCGCAUCCCAACUGUAGAAAGUACUUCCGCUGCGUGCAUGGCAAGCCCGUGGAAUUUGAGUGCAAGGAGGGCACAGCGUUCCACACAGUGCUCAACGUUUGCGAUUGGAUUGAGAACAGCGAUCGGUACUACUGCACCCACAUGAAGAAUAAAGAUCAUGAAAAUGAGGCCCACUAGUGCCGCAGCUUGGACCAAUUUCUUAUACAGAACUAUUUAAAACCUAUUUAUUACAUUAGUUGAGGUAACUAUUUUUAGCGAGUGAUAGCUCUUAGCUUCCAAAUAUUUAUAAAGAAAUAGCCUUCGCAGAUUGAUAUGAUAAAUUGUAUUACUUUCGCCCAGACGAAAGCAAUAAAAAUUUAAUAUAACAUAAAAUCUGCAUUAAAUGAGCCGGAAAACAUUAUAUAUACAAAUAACAUAUA